UUUACGCGCUGAGGGACGUUCUGUUAGAACUGCUUAGGAAAAAAAAAAAUCCCACAAGCUGCAGAAUAUCCUGGAAACUGAGCGCCCCCGAUCUGCCGUUUUGAGCAAACAGUGAAACCAAUGGCUCGGGUGGCGCACAGUCACAUGGUGACAGAGGGACACACCUGUGCAGGGCUGUGAGUCGCCCUGCAGUUGCACCACGAGCAGGUAGGCGGAAGGUGCAGGCUGAGCAGGGCAGGUAGCCGACGGUGCAUGCUCGCACAAACGGCCCCGCACCCCCGGGUUACCUCCAGACAUGAAUCGGGAAGAGCAUUUCUACCCGUCGCAGGUUUUUAAAGACUCCUGCGUUUACCAGAGGUCGCAGGGGGAUGACUACAGUCCGCCGCCCUGCCUCUACAUGAGCAGGCCGGUCCACUCCGUCUACACACCGCCGUCCCUGGGAGCCCUGGAGCCGGGCAGCCUUCCUGACAUCACCCACACCUACAGUCUGCCCAGCAUGCGGGAGGAUCCGGGUGUGCACCAGCUUCACCACCCGCAGGGCCUGCAGCAGGCUCCCCUCCAGCCUGCGGGUUAUGCAGAGGUGGGGGAGCAGAGCAGAUACCACCUUCCAUUCCCAUGGAUGAAAUCCACUAAAUCCCACUCACACACCUGGAAGGGACAGUGGGCAGGGCCUUACGUGAUGGCGGAGACGGAGGAAAACAAGCGCACUCGGACCGCCUACACCCGCGCGCAGCUGCUGGAGCUGGAGAAGGAGUUCCUGUUCAACCGCUACAUCUCGAGGCCGCGCCGGGUGGAGCUGGCGCUCACCCUGAGCCUCACCGAGCGGCACAUCAAGAUCUGGUUCCAGAACCGGCGCAUGAAGUGGAAGAAGGAGGAGGACCGGAGGAGGGCGAGGGGGAGCGACCCGGACCAGGACUCGUCCAUCACCUCUGUGGACCAGGGAGAGGCCGGGGGAGCGGUGUCCUCCACAAACGGACCUCACAGCACCACACCCCCCGUUUCCCCGCUGCACAGCCACUCUCUCUCAGCAUCUGCACCCAGAGAGCCAGCAUAGACCCCUAGGAGGCACUUAUUAUCAAGACUAUUUCAGACACCCCUUUUCUUUGUUUCUCCUUUUUAUGAAAACUCUGCAGGAAUAUGGAUAAUAUGCAACGGAAUGCAGUCUAAAUAAGAGCAAUCAGAGGACGAAAAUGGCAAGGAUGCAAGAGUUACAGGUGUAUAGCCAUCAAUAUACCAUUUUGAAUAUAUCAUGGAUGAUCUGCAGUUGUGUUUAUGAACUGAAUUGAAGUAACACCUCUUUAUCUUGAGCCUUGAGCUUGCACACCAAAUUGCAAGCUGAAACGUCUUUUCCUCCCCCCUUUUAGAUCUGGCAGCAUGGCAGUAUCACUUCCAGACUAUUCCCUCCAAAUCAGAGCAAUGUUUAUGAAUGUACGUCUGUAUAUAUAUUUUAUAUGUCAGUGUCUUCUGUAUAAACACAAUAUAUGAAUCAGUGAUGCACAUGUUAGAUUAAUUCUUUAUUUUAAUAGCCUAAUAAUGCAUCUGAAAUAAUAAAGACUGUGA